AUCUAAUACAUUUAAUAUAUUUUCAUGUAAUAUAUAGGAUAAGAAGACAAUUAAAUGUUAUGUUAAUAAGAUCAUUGAAAAGCAUUUAAAUUGGGAUUAAAUCCUUUUGUUAAUUCAUGUUAAAAGUAUACUUGUAACGAUUAAUUAUUAUUUUACAUUACGAAAAAAUUGCAAUUUUAAAUUGUAUAUUUAUUAUUAUAAUUAAAAAGGUCGACUCUGCGCCCGCGAUUUUCCGAUUUAAAGAUCGACGUUUCUAUGGUAACCCUCGUGCCAUGAAUAGGAAAACAUAGAAUUAUGUCAGUAACGCUAAGCACAGUUACAGCUGACCACAGUGUUAAGUUUUAAUUCAUCAUCGCAAGAAUGUCUUACCGAGACCUACGCAAUUUCACGGAGAUAAUGAGGGUGCUGGGCUAUCCCAGGUUAAUUUCUAUCGCGAAUUUUCGCGUGCCGAAUUUUCCCCUUGUCGCAGAAAUUUUGAUCUGGCUGGUUAAACGAUUCGAUCCGGAUGUUGAUAUGCUCAGCGAUCAUGACACCGAGGAACAACGUGUGGCAUUAAUACGUAGUAUCGCUGAAUUUAUGGCAUUGAAAACAAAUAUAAAGUUAAAUACAAAGAAGCUAUAUCAAGCCGACGGCUAUGCGGUGAAAGAGAUGUUGAAGAUUGCUGCGCUGCUUUAUGACGCACAAAACAGUAGCAGUACUGAACAAGAUCAGUCGGGCGGUAAUCAGAACGCAAUGAAUUUCGACAUAUCCGAUAAAAUUAAUGAGUUGAAAACAACACGGCAGCUGGCGAGCCAGUUGACCAUCAACGGGGCAACCCUCUUCGACUUACUCGGACGAGAAGUGGAACUUCGCGAGAUUCGCAAUGUCAAAAUCGCGAGGCAGUUCGACACCUCGGAGAUAGAAGUAGCGCUAAAAGAUGUUAUUGAGAGCACGCGCAAAGAGAUCGACGAGACCAAAAAGCAGAUCGACAAUGUCAAGGAUACAGAACAGAACUUGGAUGCGAGAAUUGAGAGAAGGAGAACGGAGCUCGAUAGAAAUCAAAAGAGACUGCAUACAUUGAAGAAAGUCCGUCCAGCAUUCAUGGAGGAGUUCGAGAAGCUCGAAGUCGAGUUCAGAGCUUUGUACGAUGAUUAUUUACAGAAAUUCCGGUAUCUAGCGUAUUUGGAACAUUUGUAUGAAGACGCGGCAAAGAUGGAACAAGAGAGAUUUGAAAGACGACAAGCUGCAACCAAGAAGCAACUGGAACAAAUGAGAGCUGAGGAUUCCAGCUUCGAGAGCAUGAUAGAAGGAAACGAUUCUAUAUUCGCUACGAAUCUUCAGGAACCUCUAGUUACAUCUCUUACAAAUCCAGACGCCACGGCGACAGAAAAAUCUGGUCAAUCUGCCCAUGUUAAACCAACUACUGGGAGAGCGUCAAAGAUGCAAUAUACUCAGCGGCGCAUUUACGGUAGUAUGUCUGGACGACAAAGGGGUACGAUUCAGGAAUCAAACGACAGCGAAGGCUCGUUGGACAGUGAUAGCGAUUUAUUGAUUGACGGCGAUCUUGAUGAUGAUGAUGAUGAUGAUGACGAUGAAGAUCUUCUGAAUUCCGUAGGUGCACCGGAUAUGAGCAACUAUAAUCUCAAAGCUGCUCAAGAAAAGCGAGCCGUCAGUAAAAUAGAAAGGCAUUCGGAUGAUGAUUUUUAAUGAGUAAGAUGUCUUUAACAAAUUAAUAAAAUAGGACAUACUGAUCGAAGCAGCUUGUCAUUGUUAUGCUACAAAAAAUUAUUAUUAUUAUUAAUAAAAUAACUCGGUUAACUCAAUAAAUAAUUCAGUUAA